GGAGGCGGGUGUUAUACCAUCGCUCCGGGGAAGGCUGAGCAUUUGCAAAUUUCGGCUCCAGAGCGCGGGGAGCAUCCUUUCCUAUUCUAUCCCCGCCGGGCGGCAGCCGCAGAGCAGGACGAGGCUUCCCGGCUCCUGGUUAUCCUAACGCCUCCCGCGUUAUCCCCGCCCCGCGCCUCCCGUGCAACCGAGCGGCGGCCCGCGGAGGUCCGCUGGGAGCCGAGCUCCGGGCUAGAGACCCUGUCCCUCCCCCGGCCGCGCAGGCACAGGCAGAGCCCUGGGCUGAACAGUCAUGACAGCUGAAAAGACUAUUCCUAUAAUUAAUGGCAAACCAGAAGAUGCUUUGGACCCAGAAGCCUCAAGUACCAACCUCGUCCACAUCAAUGAUAAGAAAGUUCAUGAAAGAGGUCACUGGAACAAUAAGGUUGAAUUUGUGCUUUCUGUGGCAGGGGAGAUUAUUGGGUUGGGAAAUGUAUGGAGAUUCCCGUAUCUUUGCUACAAGAAUGGAGGAGGUGCUUUCCUCAUCCCAUACGUGGUUUUUUUUAUUUGCUGUGGAAUACCAGUAUUCUUCUUGGAGACAGCCUUGGGACAGUUUACUAGUGAAGGAGGCAUUACAUGCUGGAGAAAAGUUUGCCCUCUAUUUGAAGGCAUUGGAUAUGCUACCCAAGUUAUAGAGGCACACCUAAACGUAUAUUACAUCAUCAUUUUAGCAUGGGCUAUCUUCUAUUUGUUUAACUGCUUUACUACAGAGCUUCCUUGGGCUACCUGUGGGCAUGAAUGGAAUACAGAAAACUGUGUGGAAUUUCAAAAACUUAAUAUGAGCAACUGCAGUCAACUCUCUUUACAAAAUGCUACUUCUCCAGUGAUGGAAUUCUGGGAACGAAGGGUGCUUGCUAUAUCUGAUGGAAUUGAACACAUUGGGAAUCUGCGCUGGGAACUUGCACUGUGCCUCCUCUCUGCUUGGACUAUCUGCUAUUUUUGCAUUUGGAAAGGAACAAAGUCUACUGGAAAGGUUGUGUAUGUUACAGCCACCUUCCCCUAUAUCAUGUUAAUGAUUCUUCUCAUUCGUGGAGUAACGUUACCAGGCGCUGCUGAGGGGAUAAAAUUCUACUUGUACCCUGACCUUUCCCGACUGUCUGACCCACAGGUGUGGGUGGAUGCUGGAACACAGAUAUUUUUCUCUUACGCCAUCUGCUUGGGGUGCUUGACAGCCCUGGGAAGCUACAACAACUAUAACAACAACUGCUACAGAGACUGCAUCAUGCUCUGCUGCUUGAACAGUGGCACAAGCUUUGUUGCUGGUUUUGCUAUCUUUUCAGUUCUUGGAUUUAUGGCUUAUGAGCAAGGCGUGCCCAUUGCCGAAGUUGCAGAAUCAGGACCAGGACUUGCAUUCAUUGCUUACCCUAAAGCUGUUACCAUGAUGCCUCUUUCUCCUCUGUGGGCAACUCUGUUCUUCAUGAUGCUCAUAUUCCUUGGAUUAGAUAGUCAGUUCGUGUGUGUUGAAAGCCUGGUGACAGCUGUUGUAGAUAUGUACCCAAAAAUCUUCCGAAGGGGCUACCGAAGAGAACUGUUGAUUCUCGGCCUUUCCAUUGUGUCCUACUUCAUCGGCCUAAUAAUGUUAACUGAGGGUGGGAUGUACGUCUUUCAGUUAUUUGACUCUUAUGCAGCUAGUGGCAUGUGCCUUCUCUUUGUUGCCAUAUUUGAAUGUGUCUGCAUAGGCUGGGUUUACGGCAGCAAUCGCUUUUAUGAAAACAUUGAAGACAUGAUUGGGUACAAACCACUGUCACUGAUCAAAUGGUGCUGGAUGGUUUUAACUCCCGGGAUUUGCGCAGGAAUCUUCAUCUUUUUCCUGGUGAAAUACAAGCCUCUGAAAUACAACAAUGUCUAUAUAUAUCCUGACUGGGGCUACGGCAUAGGGUGGAUGAUGGCGCUCUCUUCCAUGAUCUGUAUCCCCCUGUGGAUCUGCAUUAAGCUGUGGAAGACAGAAGGCACUUUCAUAGAGAAAUUCAGGAAGCUGAUUACACCCAGCUCAGAUCUGAAAAUGAGAGGGAAGCUUGGAGGAGGAGCCUACAUUGCAGCAAUAAAUGACUGCGAUGCCAAACUGAAAGGAGACGGCACCAUUUCAACCAUUACAGAAAAGGAGACACAUUUCUGAAAGAACUCUCUUUUUUUGUGUUAUUUUUUUGUAUAAAUAAAUGAAUAAAUAAAUUCACUUAAUUCUAGAGGCUGGCUUGUUUUGCACAGAAUUUUAUUAACCAGUUAAUUAUAAAGUGAAAACUGUAUACUUGUUUAAAAGUGAUUUUUUAAAUGACUAUAUAAGUAAUGAUUAUGUAAAAGAAAAAGAUAUAGUUCUCUAUGGUAUGUUAGUGAUGACUUCUUGUAAUAUGGUGAUUGCAGUAAAUGUUUUUUGGCAGCUAGAGGGACUGUAUCAUGUGCUGUACAACUUUUUUACGUUGAUUUCUGGCAGGUGUAAUAUUCUAUAGAUCUGUGCAUUCUAACCUGUGAGCAUUCCAGACCAUUUCAGCUGUUCAUGUAUGUAUAUAAAGUGGACAGGACAUCCUUGCGUUUAUACUGGAACAAACCGUGAGGGGAUGCAGGAGGACUUGUAGCUGCUGCUGUUAUUGCUGUCUGGGGGUGGGCUGCACCCAUGGGAGUCAGAGGGAGCCUCUCCAGUGGAGGGGUGUCGGGUUGUGUGGGUUCAGCUGCUGUUCCCUGGGCUGGGAAGGCACAUUUGCAACUACCACAGCUCUGCUCCCAGGGUGAGCGUUGGGAAGCCGACAGGAAGCACCACCUCAGCUGCUCUUCCCACCUUCCCUCUGCCCUCCAUGUGCUCCAGCAGGUCUAAAACUGUGCUGGAAUAGGCCCACUUCCAAGUCACUGGUAUUUCUGGAGAUUGGAUAGAGAAUAUUUCCUAAGAGAGAUGAGUUUUGCUGCUCUUGUAAGGUCUCUGGGAUGAUGUGUACUGCUCCAGGAGACCUCUGAAACUUUGCACUUGCCUUUGUGUCUUGGUACCAGGACUUCAUUUUGGCUGACACUUCCCAUCCCCUGAAGUGAAAUGUGUCUGUCUAUGCUUGUACAAUAGGAGAUCAAGGUUACUUUAUAUAUGUGGAGAUGUGCUGAGGGAAAAAAGAGCAGGUUUAGAGCCUCUGUAUUUGUCUCUUUAUCUAUAGUUUGCCAGUUUGUCUGCCUGUACAUCUGUUCAUUCCCCUCAAAUGAAACCAAGAAUCCUGUAAGGGCAGUGUGCAGCACUACACAGCUUUUCUUAUCUUCAGGGUACUUUCUAGAUCCUCUCAGAUUAGGCACUGAUUCUUCUACCCUGCAUGGUAUUGAGGCUUGCACUGUGUCGGGAUAGGAGCUUAGUUGGUGGAAGGCUGCUGAAAUCUGGUCCUUAAUCUCUACAAGGAUUCCAGGAGGUAAUUUAUCUAUGGUGCAGAUGAAGGAAUGAAGACAGGGAUGUCGUGACCUCUCUGUUUCGCAGAGGGAGCAGUACUGGGUUUGUGGCAUCAGGCCUUUUUAUUCUAUCAAUUGUAUGAACUGACUCCCUCUGAUUUAAAACAGAUUUUGUAUGUGAAUGUAUGGAUGGAUGGUGGUUACCAUGAGGUACGCACGUGCUAGUGACAAAAUAUCUCUUGGGUUGGUUUCUUUUUUCCCUCCCUAUAUUCCAAACACUAUUAUUUGUUCUGGACAAUCUUUUUAACUUGUCCUGGUUUUUUAUUUAAUGGUUGUGUGAGAAACCUGAGGAGGAAUACUGCCCUACCCUGCACAGUACCUGCUGGGGAGAGAAAAGCAACAGCCUAAACUCAGAAGAAAUGUCAUGCAAUCUGCUGUCUUCUCAGCAAAGCUCAGAUACCAUCAUCUGGAAUUAUUGGGAAGAGAAGAGGCUGCUGGCCUCGGCCAGAGGAAACCGCUUCACUACAAGUCACUAAGGAUGUCCCAGGAUUGGCCAGAACUGUACUUGGGGUCAGCAUUUCUCUGAGAUUUUACCUCUUAAAAAAACCAUUUUCAUAGAAUCACUUUGUCUCAGAUAACAUCAUUAAAUCUCAUCGAUCUAUUAAAUUUUACUUUAUCUUCUGUGUAUUUGUUGCGUGGUAAGGUGGAAGUUGCACAGAGAACUUCUCUACCAGGAUUCAACUUCAAGUGUUUUAAGUCCUGCUCACCUUGGCAUGCUCCAUCCUUGGGUGUUUCAGAAAGGACACUUCGAAGGAGCCUGCCUUUGUGAAGGUACUGAACUGUCAACCUGGGACUGCUGGCCUCCCUCAGAGGGAGCCUUCAGCUGUGCAUCUGCAACUGUGAAACCACUGGAAAAUGGGACUCCUGGAAGAGAAAUGCUCCCGGAAUUGAAACCGCAGAUUGAGUUACAUACAACGAAGCAACUGAAAGCUACAUGUUGACGUUGAUCUGCUCCAAAACCUAGAAAUUAACAGUUUUGGAAGCCGUAAGAAGCUGUAGGUAUUUCUAACCCAGCGUCCCUUUCUGGUCUUUGUUUCCACCUAUCUGACUUACAGUACUGAGGACCCAAAGCCACCUCUGGACCUUGGGAUCGGUUAUGUUCUCUCCCAGAGGAAAUGUCAACACGUUUUCUUACCAGUGAAGGCUGUGUGAAUGUAGAUGCACUGUCAGGUUACACUUGGCCUUGAUCUCAGUGAAGUUACCCUCAGCCGUCGGGACUCCUUGUGACUGUUUGCAGUACAGUGUGCCCGGAGGUGGGACCCACACCGCUCCUGGCCAUCCAUCGGGACACAAUCAAAGUCCCAGACAGGUCAACAUUGCCCUUUGACUCCACACACAGUGCUGGGGCAGGAACGCCUGGCCUGUGCUUGUCAGCUUGUCAGUGUACUGUGGACUGCUGCACUCAUCCAAGGAUCUCCCCAGGAACUAUGUGCUUUGUAUGGAACAUGCUUCCUCUUCUGCUGCUAUGAACCAUCUCACCUGUAGCUUUAUACACAUACAUAUGGUUUGGCAUGGUCUAAAGUAUUACACAGUAUUACUAAUGUGCUGUGCUUGUAAAUGUGUCCAUUUAAUAUCUGACUUGUUUAACACUUUACUGAUUUUUAAAAACCUAUUUUUCUUCCAUGGGGAGGGGUGGGAGGGGACAUUUCCUAAUAGCAUCGGCGGCUCACUGGGGGGUUUGGGGAGCAAUAUGAAGGGGACAAUGCAAAAACCCAACUCUUAUCGUGAUGAUUUUUUUUAUGCAGUUAGAAGCAGUAUUGCCCUUUUCUGAAAUAGCUGCAGUAUUAUUACAAAUAGUACAAUAAAAAUGAACAACCACUAAGGUUUAUGUAACGUUUUACAUCAAGAAAGAUUCUGUUUUGAAGGGCACAAGAUUUCGUCUACUUACUUGUUUUCAAAAAUUAAAGGAAAUGGGCAA